GGUAUGAGGAAGGAAGGAGGGGGAGGGGAAGGACAUUUCUCAGACUGUAUAGGGGCAAAACAGACUUUUCGAAGAAACAGUCUGUUACUACGUACAAAUGUACGUACCAAUCCCACUACAGAAAAUGGCAGAGAGCGCGCGCAUUUCCUUCCCCGCUGUGCUUUUUGGCUUCUUAUCUUCCCUCACACUCUUCAUUCUUCCCCAAACCCUAGACAAUCUCUUGAUGUGUCCAGCUGCCUGAGUUACAACCAACAUCGCCGCCGGUGGUAACUUGAAGACCAGAGUAAUUAAAUUAACCAUGGAUGGAGAACGUGGCUACCAAAAUCCUUUGAUGCCUCUGAGUUCUAGUCAGAGAAACAAUGAUUUUUGUUUUGAUUAUGGAGAUUAUGUGAAGCCACUCUUUGUUAUGGCUUCUGGAAGCAAUGAGAACCAGCAUGGUGCUGGUUCAUCCUUUGAGUGGAUUCAGUGUCCAAAUGCUCCUCGCGGUUAUGUUGAAUUUCUUAAGGAAAAUAAUGAAGAUGCUCCGACUGCUGAGGUGUUGGAAAGCAUUGGUUUGACUGUUGGUGGCAGUCAUGACAUUGGUGGCACCUCUGGAAUUCAAAGAGAAGUAUUGCACCAUGAUGAAGGAAAACCUUUCAGUUUUAGGGCGGAUAAUUGUUACAGUGUCGACAUUGGUAUGGAAAAGUCAGAGUUACCUGCCAGCAACGGUUAUGAAGCUUUAACUGCAUUUCUGAAGACAGAUAAUGGAGGAGAAGCUAGGAGACAGUUUACAAGCUCUGACUAUCCUACCCAGCGAAAUGAAACUUUGUUUGUGCAAGAACCAGUCAAUGACAUUUGCAAUGCUUUUCAAGUUCCUUCAAAAGAAAUCACUUCUGCACCAGCCUUGUCCUUACCACAUACCAGUACAUCGAGUCGAAGAGCUACUGUAAAUGAUCGUCAACGAAGGUUACGUUUUGUCGAAAGACUCAAAACACUGCAAGAACUGCUUCCUUAUCCUGUGGAGGGUAGUCAAGCAUCUGUACUGACUGACAUUAUUGACUACAUCAAGUUUCUGCAACUGCAAAUGAAGGAAUUGAGUCGAAGCAGAUUGGGGGGUGAACCAACUUCUGAUCCUUUCAUUUUUCUGGAGGGAUAUGGUCACUAUAUUCUCCAAGAACAGAUGAUGAAUGAAUCUCUUGAAGAUAUGAUGGGCAAUUUGCUGGAGAUAAAUCCAUCUGCAGCAACUCAGCUGUUGGAGAGUAGGGGCCUUUACAUGAUGCCAAUGUCAACUGUUGAAGGAUUGCAUAGACUCCCUUGACACCCUACCAAAACUGCUACCUCUCCAUCAUAAUUUGUCCUUUUUCUAGUUGCUCUGACCAUAGAUGUUCUCACAUCUCAAUAUUCCCACUGAUCUUGUACAUAAUGAACUCAGAAGGGUAGGAAGGAUAUCAACUCCACUAGAAAAGUGGCACUCGCUCUCCGAGUAAAUGGAGCACCUUACA